UGAUAAACUACGAGAAGUGAGAACUGUCGACUUGACAGCACUUAUUUCAUUCAUCCACUGACUGCAGCCGUCUACUCUCGUCUACUUUCGUACGGUACGUCGCUGCGACGAAUAUGGUCCGGUCUGGGAACCUCUUCACAACUUAGCCUAACUGUUAGCGGGGUAGCGUCUACAGUAGCUCAGAUGGGCAUCACUACGUGUUACGCUAGUCUCUGGACAACGUUUCUGGGAUUGUUGCAGAUAUUCUGUUUGGGUCAAAGCUGAUAAAUGACCCGACGUCGGGUGAAAUCAGAACGACUGAGAGUGGAGGACGGUGGACGCAAAGGUAGACUAUACACUGUGCGUGAGUGUUUGCGCUUUUUAGCUGGUGAGUGUUUUGAUAUGUAGAAUAUGUGUCGCAUACACGAACAUUUAAACAACUGGAUGCUCAAGUGAUACAUUUGCAACUGCUGAAUGUCACGAGGUUGGAGCUGGGCGUGUUUUUAUUGAGGAUUAGGUUUAUCGUUGUCCAAAUAUUCUUGGUUCUGCCCUGUUGCUAGGAGACCUUUGACAGCUGAGAUUUAAAAGUGAUUGUGGAGGGACUCGGCCCAUUGAUUCCUGCGGGCCGCGGCCAAGCACUCAAUAAAAAUAUUUACAUCUGCAUUUAGUGACAACUUGUCUUAAUGCGUAUGUGCUUUAUGCGUGUGCAAUUUUGCACACGGAUGGAGAGAGAGAAACUGCAAAAAUAACAUCAAGAGACAAUGUAAUAAUCAAUUACAAGCAACAGAAUUUUCAAUUAUACUUAAUUCUUAGAGUACCCUAAUGUUACACAAUUUAAUAAUGUGAAGGACUGGUUAUACAAGCUCAAUUGUGUCACCUUUGGUUUGAUGGAUUAAGGGUACAGUCUGUUAAAGUAGGUCAGUGACAGGCUAAAGAUGAUGGAUGGGACCAUUUGAGGGGCAUCCAUCAAAGCUAUUGAGCAAAUAUCCGUAGAAUACAGUAACAUGGCCAUUAGUUUAUUGCUCUUAUCGCUUUUCUUUCUACCUCUUUUCUCCAUCAUCGUCACCAGGCUAGUCUGGUUGCUGAAGGUCAUUUUAUAAUCAGAUCAAUAUCUCCUGGGAUGGCUCAGACACGAUGGGCCAUUAGGUUCCAAUGAGUCCUGCAGCAGAUCACCUGCACUCUGGCUUGAAAAUAUUUGACCAUCACAGGAUCUCAUGGAGAGGAGCAGUGCAGAUGGAUAUUGGAUCUGAAUGAACUUUGCCUGCAGCUGCUUUAUAUCCCAACAUACUGUACAUCAAUAGGAGUGCUGCACAUGGUCAGUCGAGCCACUCCGGUGUUUUGCAGUUUCAGCAGGAAGCAUUACUUCCUCCUCCUCCUCCUCUCUUCUCCAGGAGCAUGCCCUCUGAGCCUGCUCCCAGCUCUCAGGACAUGCUGACAGGACAGAGGCUAUGUCAAUCCAAAUCCCACCAGGAUUUUGUCCUCUCUGCCCUUAAUCAGCAGCGCAAAGAUGGACUGCUCUGCGAUGUCACCCUGGUCGCAGGGGAACAGAAGUUCCAUGCUCAUAAGGCGGUUUUGGCGGCCUGCAGUGAUUAUUUCCGGGCCAUGUUCAGUCUUUGCAUGGUGGAGAGUGAGGCAGAUGAGGUAACUCUCCAGGGUGUGACUAGCGUGGGACUGAAGCACGCACUGGACUUCGCCUACACGGGCCAGAUCCUGCUGGAGCCAGGAAUAAUACAAGAUGUCCUGUCUGCUGGAAGCCACCUUCAGCUGCUGGACCUGCUCAGCCUCUGUUCCCACUAUCUCAUUCAAGAGCUGAACAGUUUGAACUACCUGGACCUUUACAGACUGGCAGACCUUUUCCACUUGCCGGCCCUGGAGGAGGCAGUGGUGGGCUUUCUGGUGGACCACCUCUCUGAGCUGCAGCAGAGCAGACAAGAGGAAGUGCUGCUUCUACCUUAUCGCCUCCUCAGGGAAGUGCUAAAAAGUGACCGCCUCACCUCCCUCAGUGAGGAGAAGAUAUGGCAGUUGCUGGUGCGUUGGCUGGAGCAUGACUGCAGAUACCAGUACAUGGAGGAACUGCUACAACACGUGCGCUACGGCCUUAUGGAGGUGUCCGCCCUGCACUGUGUGGCCAAUAGUCACACCUUCCUCAACUCCAGCACCACUGUUGCCGCCCUGGUGGAGGAAGCAUUGGAUUACCACCGGUCCUUAUUUGCACAGCCUUUACGACAGACACCCCGCACUACACCCCGUUUUCAGUCGCUAACGCUGUAUAUCGUUGGUGGGCGUAAAAGGGAAGUCAGCCGCGUACGAGAGCUGCGUUUCUUCAACCCUGCCGCACAGGAGCACAUGCGCGUGGCCGGAGGUUCAAACUGGAGUGAAUUGGCGCCAAUGCCUGCUGGGCGAAGUCACCACUGUGUGGCCGUCAUGGGGAACUUUAUGUUUGUGGCUGGUGGAGAGGUGGAACACGCCACCGGAAGGAUGUGUGCGGUGAGGACGGCGUGUCGGUACGAUCCAAGGGUGAACCGCUGGACUGAUAUUGCACCAAUGAAGGCGUGCAGGGAACACUUUGUGCUGGGAGCUUUAGGACAGUAUCUCUAUGCCGUAGGGGGAAGGAAUGAACUGAGGCAAGUUCUGCCCAGUGUUGAGCGAUACUGCCCCAAGAGGAACAAAUGGACCUAUGUACAAUCAUUUGACCGCUCGCUAUCCUGCCACGCAGGUUGUGUGGCAGAUGGGCUGCUCUGGGUUUCAGGUGGUGUCACUAACACGGCUCAGUACCAGAAUCGACUGAUGGUAUAUGACCCAGGACAGAAUCAGUGGUUGGCACGCAGUCCCAUGUUGCAGCGGAGGGUAUACCAUGUGAUGGCGGCAGUAAAAAGGCAGCUGUAUGUGCUGGGGGGUAAUGAUCUGGACUACAACAAUGACCGCAUCCUGGUUAGAAACAUCGACUCAUAUGACAUAGACAUGGACCAGUGGACACGCUGCACCUUCAGUCUCCUUACAGGCCAAAAUGAGGCAGGAGUGUCUGUGCAUGAUGACAGAAUCUAUGUGGUUGGUGGAUAUUCUAUCUGGACAAAUGAACCUCUUGCCUGCAUUCAGGUGCUAGACGUGAGCACCAAAGGCAAAGAAGAGGUUUUUUAUGGGCCAACGCUCCCGUUUGCAUCGAAUGGAGUAGCAACAUGUUUCUUGCCUGCCCCAUACUUCACCUGCCCCAACCUGCAAACCCUACAAGUGCCACAUCACCGGAUAGGAGCGCUCUAACCUGCACCGUCCAUCCAUAAAGUAACUCAUCCUGGACAUUCAUAUUGGGACAAACACACUAUGAACCAAUGGCAUCAUGUGAAAGCCUAUUCUACCCCCCCAUAAACUUAGAAGCUCUUUGAAUUGUGACUAGUGAAUGGAGUCCAACGUUGUUCUUGUAUAGCCAGUAUGAAGUGUUCUUAUGGAUGUAGAGUUCUUUGUGGAAACCUUUUCAAUGAAGGUAAAGAAUGGAGAACAAUUUAUUGCCAGGCUUGUUUCCCUCAUGCAUUUCUGAACUGGAUGUGCAAUGGUGCUAAACCAUGAGCCCAAUUUAAGAAUCUUUUUUCAGGAUGAUUGAGAGCCACUCUAAGGCCAAGUCCCAAAUGGUACACUUGAUGUCGACAUGUGGUCUUGUGGCCUUCGCUUGUGCUUUUAUGUCAAGUGCACAAGACUAUAGGGUGUCCCAUUUGUCAUUUUAUAGUUCAAAGGGGUGCUCAUAAGCUUACCUGUGAUACACAUUUCAGACUACUACCCAACAAUCCAUCCAGGAUUACAUCACCAAUGGAGCACCACAAGAACUGAGGGCAAAAAAUGGACCAAAGUGUACCGGGCUUUUGGAUAGAUGGGACCAUUUUCACAGAUUCUUAUGGUCCAAUUGCUGAACUUACUUCAGUAUUUACAUUAAGGUGCAACCACAUACUUAUUUGGACUCUCUCGACUCUCCAUUCCAACCAUAAUGUUCGGCGACUUGGUCAAAUUGUGCAUUGGACCCAGCAAAACGUUGGUUCCUUUCCAUUUCAUGUCAUUUCCCAGUUGGUGAUGCAGUGAAAAACUGUAAUUUCAAUGGAAACUCAGGAUGAAGACUACAAUUGUUUACUGAAUGUGUAUGACCUCAGUUGAUGACAAAAAUGCAUAAAUACAUUCACAAUCACAACCUGCAUCAAAACCAGCACCUUGACUGUUCACCAUCCUUUAACUAUCGAAUACUGCCCAUACCAUAACAAAAAUAAGGGCACACUUUUAUUUUACUUUUAUUACAUUGUCUCAAUAAACACAACCUUUAUGUACUGUAGUAGUGCAAUAGAUUGACACGAUGAGUCCUUGAAUCAUUGAUACUGUAUAUUGGAUAAAAGCAAUUAUCACAACAGACAUACAGUAGCUUUGCACCAAAACCUAUUGAGCUGCCUACCUAGAUAGCAUCUAAAGAUGUCAUAGAUGCACUCCUCAGCUUGUUAGUUGGGUGUUCAAUCAGUGGUGAUUUACUGUAUUUUUAUUUAUUUUUUUCUCCCCUUUUCUCCACAAUUUGGAAUACCCAAUGCGCUCGUAAGUCCUCGUGGUGGCGUAGUGACUUGCCUCAAUCCGGGUGGCGGAGGACGAAUCUCAGUUGCCUCCGCGUCUGAGACCGUCAGUCCACGCAUUUUAUCAUAUGGCUUGUUGAGCGCGUUACCGCGGAGACAUAGCACGUGUGGAGGCCUCACGCUAUUCUCUGCGGCAUCCACACACAACUCACCACGUGCCACACCGAGAGCGAGAACCACAUUAUAGCGACCACGAGGAGUUUACCCCAUGUGACUCUAACCUCCCUAGCAACCGGGCCAAUUUGGUUGCUUAGGAGACCUGGCUGGAGUCACUCAGCACGCCCUGGAUUCGAACUCGCGACUCCAGGGGUGGUAGUCAGCGUCUUUACUCGCUGAGAUACCCAAGCCCCCGGUGAUUUACUGACUUAAAAAGUUGAGUGUUUCAUCAGUGGUGAUUUUCUGUCUUAAAACUCUGAGCGGGUCAUUGAUAUCAAGGCCAUUACAUGAUUGGCUUAGAAGACUCAGAAGUCCUUGUUGACUGUUACAUUUUCUCCAUUGGAAAAGCUGCAGAGGUUAUCUUGUCAUUUAUAAGAGAAUCUCUGGCUUUAUGACCUGAAUUGGGUGUCAAAUAAGGAAGAUUUCCAAAAUGUGGAGUGUUGUUAAAACUCUAGAACCAGGAUUGGGAAACACUGUCCAGAAUAUAUAGUAAAUUUGUUGGCAAAAAUAAGGCAGAAUCGCAUGCAUCUCUUGCAGAGAAGGUAAUCUCAGAAUCAAUUGCGACAAGCUUGGUGGAAGAAAAAAAAAUAAAAAAUCUCAUGCAAGAUGUAUCGAUAAAGGUGCUGCAUAUGUAGGCUGUAGAUAGCAAGGCAGCUCGGUAGGUUUUGGAGCAGUGCUAAUGUGUGUCCCCCUGCUAUAACAAUUGGUCUUUUUGAACGCAAAGCAUCUUAAGGGCUGGCAACGCACAUCAUAGCUGCAUUACCGUAUGAAACAGUUACUCUAAAAUGGUUUUCUGAUUAGCUCGGAGAAUGAAAGUGUGACGAGACAGAGAUAUGUGGCAGCUGAGGUAAAAGAGACAGCGUGGCUCAUUUGAUGGCUCUGCUCUAAUGAAGUGUGAUGCCUGUACCACACUGCGGGUCAAGGUGCAAGCUUGCUGCCUACAAGAGUAAACUGGGAGCUGAAGAAAUUGGGAUGGAGGAGAGGGUGGGAAAAAAAGGGUAGGAGGUAGAGAGUGAUGAGAGGCUUUAGGCAAUUUGUGCCAAGAAUUGCAUGGAGAUUGGGAACAGUAUGAAUAGUUAAAGGAAAGGUUAGGUGGUGGGUGUGACUGAGGGUGUCAUUGGUGUCAUAUUUGUGGUUUCAUGACUGAGUUUGAUUACUAGUCUGUUGAGGUUGUCGCAAAAGUGCAGGUCCAGAACUGACGAUUAAUAAGGGACCAUAGGAAACAAGCAUGGAAACAGCAGACCAUGUGACAGCUCAUUUUAGCCUUUGGCUAGAUGUGACUGCUAGAGGUUAAUCACUGACCAGCACCUUAAAAUUAUGUUGCUGUGCAAAUAGAGCAGCGGUUCUCAACUGGUGGGCAACAACCCAAAAAGUGAGUCACAGGUCUGUUGUAGACAGCUGGGAAAAACAAUGCUAAAUACAAAUAAUAAAAUGUAGCCAUAUAAACAUGCAUAGUUAGGACAGCAGAAUAAACAGGCUUAUCAAAUU